AACACACUCAUUUAAAAGCUCCUGCAGUCAGGACUGAACUCAGAGCUCAGGAUUCAUCAUGUCUGCAGUGUGGAUUGGUCUGCUGGCCUGUGUGUGUGUUUGUCUCCGUGUUACAGCACAAGCGCAGGGCUUGACGGGUAUUCCACUGUUUUCUCAUCAUGAUGAUGAUGAUGAUCAGACAGAGAAAGAGAAGCCAAACUUAAGGAAUCAUGAGAUCGAGAUGCAGAAUGUGAAGAUAGACUGCAAGGUGGCGUCUCGAUUUGCCCACACAGUCAUGACGUCCACGGCUCUGAACAAGGCCAACGUCUCACAGGAAGUCUUCUUCGAGGUGGAGUUACCCAAGACGGCCUUCAUCACCAACUUCAGCAUGGAAAUCGAUGGAAAGACAUAUGUAGGAGACGUUAAAGAGAAAGAGAAGGCCAAGAAGGAGUAUGAGACAGCUGUGUCGUCUGGGCAUACGGCUGGACUCGUCAAAGCUUCAGGCAGAAAGAUGGAGAAGUUUUCGGUCUCUGUGAACAUUGCAGCCAACAGCAGUGUCACAUUCACACUUACAUAUGAGGAGCUCCUUCAGCGGCGGUUUGGCAAAUAUGAGCUCAUGAUCCGAGUCAAACCCAAGCAGCUGGUCCAGCACUUUGAGAUUGUUGCUACUGUCUAUGAGCCCCAGGGUAUUACAUUUCUGGACACCAAUGUCACAUUCAUCACCAAUGACCUGCUCCCUCUAUUGGAGAAAACAGUCACUGAGAAAAAGGCCUAUGUGUCCUUCUCUCCAACUUUGGACCAACAGAGGAAAUGCCCAGGCUGUGACGGUACACUGAUAGAUGUAUUAGAUAAAAGUGGCUCCAUGGAGGGAAGAAAAAUGGCACAGACUCGAGAGGCACUCUUGACCAUUCUAGAUGACCUAUAUGAGGAAGACCACUUUGGGCUUGUCAUAUUUGACAAUGAGAUUGAAACAUGGAGACCAUCAUUGAGCAAAGCUACAAAAGAAAAUAUAAAAGAAGUAAAGAAAUAUGUCAGAAGUAUAACAGCAAAGCACAUGACAGAUAUCAAUGGAGCUGUUUUACAUGCGGUUGACAUGCUGACUACAGCCAAGAGAAACAACUCCCUCCCAGACAACAGCCCCUCCAUGAUCAUCCUACUGACUGACGGAGACCCAACUGCUGGAGAGACAAAUCCUGCUGUGAUCCAGCAAAAUGUCCGUAAUGCUACUGGCGGAAACAUGAGCCUCUUCUGUUUGGGCUUUGGCUAUGAUGUACACUAUGGUUUUUUGGAUGUGAUGGCCAAACAGAAUGACGGUUUGGCUCGAAGAAUCUACGAAGCUUCAGAUGCUGUGCUGCAGUUGCAGGGUUUCUAUAAAGAGGUGGCUAGUCCGCUCCUCUUAGAAGUGAAUCUGCAUUAUCCAGACAGCAUGGAGAAUUCCCUGACUACCAGCCAUUUCAGUCAGUUCUUCGGCGGCUCCGAGAUUGUAGUCGCUGGCCGACUGAACGACUCUCAAGCGGACACGUUUCUUGUUGAGGUGUCAGCCCAAAUGCUGGAGAAGCCUUUUGUGGUCCAGGGUCAGGCCCAUGCUGAGGAGUGGGUUGCCAUGUUCCCUGAGCAAGAGUACAUCUUUGGAGACUUCACUGAGCGUCUCUGGGCAUAUCUGACCAUCCAACAACUCUUAAACAAACAAGACAAGUGUACACCUACAGAAUGUGAGAAUGUCACUGCUGAAGCACUGGACCUCUCGCUAAAAUACAACUUCGUCACCCCACUCACAUCCAUGGUGGUCACUAAGCCAGAAACUAACACAACGUCAGAAGAUACUUUAAUUGCUGACAAAUUGACAGAAGACCAACGGAUGGACUUUGCAGGACCAGACCAACCGAUGGCCCUUGCAGGACCAGUCCCCGGUCAGGUUGGAUAUGGUACACCUCUAUCCAUAAGCAGUGCAGCUCUACUUGGGCACAGAGGUCAUAUAGCUGUAAAAGCUAUGGCAGUUGAUGGAGAUCCGCACUUCAUCAUUGAGUUGCCAGAUCGGAAUGAUGCUCUGUGCUUCAAUACUGAUGAUAAACCAGGCACCAUCUUCAACCUGGUGAAAGAUCCAGUCUCAGGAUUGGUGGUAAAUGGGCAAACCAUUGGAGACAAGAAGGUGGAGCCUGGGAGCAAGCAGCACACCUACUUUGGUCAAUUCGGGAUUGUUCACAAGAAAUUUGGUAUCAGAUUAAUGGUGACAACCCAAAAGAUCAUAGUGUUUGAGCAGGGCAAGCAAGAACAACUUCACUGGUCACAAACAUCUAAUAUUAAGGAUUUGAACAUGGACCUUCAGGUAACCAAAGAUCAGAGUCUCACAGUGACCCUGAAGGACACGGUGAAGUUUGUUAUCAUCUUGCACAAAGUGUGGAAGAUGCAUCCCUACCACCAAGACUACCUGGGCUUUUACACCCUGGACAGCCACCUUCUUUCAGAAAGAGUCCAUGGUCUACUUGGACAAUUUUUCCAUGGUGUAACAUUUGAGGUUAGUGAUGUCUUUCAAGGGAAAGAUCCAGGCAAACCAGAUGCCACCAUGUUUGUGAAGGGCCACAAUCUCACAGUGACCAGGGGCUGGCAGAGAGACUUCAGAAAGGAUGUGAAGAACGGAGAAAAUGUGUCCUGUUGGUUUAUUCAUAAUAACGGCACAGGGCUCAUCGAUGGAGUCCUCGGAGACUAUAUUGUUGCUGGCCUCUUUACGACUUUCUGAGAGGGAAAAAGAAAAAGAAAGAAAAGAAGGGACUACAGAAGACCAGACUGGACUGUAAAUGUAUUUUAUAUGUUUUCCCCCUUUUCAUUACUGGUCAAAAACACAUGAAAGUAUGAUGCAAAAGUACCUUAUCAUGAACCUGAAGUAUAACAGGAAUUUCUCUAACAAACACUGAGAGGACUUUGUUAUUGACUUUGUACACAUUUGCUUGUGAUUAAACAUUUCUGCUGACUGUCCAGAUUAAA